AGAGAGAGAGAGAGAGAGAGAGAGAGAGAGAGAGAGAGAGAGAGAGAGAGAGAGAGUAUGUGUGUUGGGGUGAAACUACAGGGACAAAGAAAAUGCUGUAUUCGAUGUCUGAGAAGCAGGGCCGUUUGAUGGAUCAGCCAGAGAGUGCGGGAAAGAUUCCUGGUUUUGUCGAGUUUUUCAAGGACAACAUCAACAUUGACGAGAUGAAGUUACCUCUGGAAGAAUACAAGACAUUCAAUGAGUUUUUCACGAGAGAGCUUAAAGCAGGGGCGCGACCAAUUUAUCUGCCUGAUGAGGAUAAGAUCGCUGUCUGUGGUGCUGAUGCAAGGUUAAUGGCAUUUGAUAAUGUGAACGACGCAAAGCGGUUCUGGAUUAAGGGGCGGAAGUUCUCUCUGAAGGGCCUGCUAGGAAGCAAAGGACUCGGUGAGGAAUUCAGCGGCGGAAGUCUUGUCAUAUUCCGGCUAGCACCUCAGGAUUACCAUCGGUUCCACUUUCCAGUGAGUGGCCAGAUCUCUAGUAUCACCGACAUUCCUGGACAUCUGUAUACAGUCAAUCCGAUUGCCGUAAACAGCCGCUACUGCAAUGUUUUCACCCAGAACAAGAGGGCAGUUGCACUCAUUGAAACAGCACAAUUUGGCAAGAAAACCAUCGCCUUUGAUGGCGAUCUAUUGGACAACAGCAGAGAGUCUCUUGAAACCCUGGUGUGUAUGGGACAGUCACUUGGCUGUACACCAUCUUUCUUGGCCCAAAGGCAGCUAUCGCGCCGUAUGUCCAUUGUGAGCGUUGAAGAUGGCAGCAAAGAGAAGUGCAAGGAGAGCGUAAAUCUUGUAAUGACUCAUCGCUUCGCCGAGAGGGAUGGUCCUGCAGAGGACGGACAACAGGACAACGAUUCGGCAUCGUCGACAUCGGAAAGCGAGGAAGAUCCAUAUCAGGAAGGUGCAUCGAAUAAAACCAUCGCCUUUGAUGGCGAUCUAUUGGACAACAGCAGAGAGUCUCUUGAAACCCUGGUGUGUAUGGGACAGUCACUUGGCUGUACACCAUCUUUCUUGGCCCAAAGGCAGCUAUCGCGCCGUAUGUCCAUUGUGAGCGUUGAAGAUGGCAGCAAAGAGAAGUGCAAGGAGAGCGUAAAUCUUGUAAUGACUCAUCGCUUCGCCGAGAGGGAUGGUCCUGCAGAGGACGGACAACAGGACAACGAUUCGGCAUCGUCGACAUCGGAAAGCGAGGAAGAUCCAUAUCAGGAAGGUGCAUCGAAUGUAGAUAACAAUCAAUGAAAAGCUUGAGCACGGAUAUAUGAUCGCCAGAUCGCCAGAUCCCUCAACCACUCAGCCUAAUCUCCAUAAUUUCCGAUCGUCAGAUCAGAUUAGUUUGUCACCUCACUCAAUCUCCUGGCUUAGAGCUCACGACGGCAUUUUAUCGACAUUCGAUUCCCUUAUCACAUUUCAAACAAUAAAUAUUAAGAUGGCAGCAAAGAGGAGGGCAAGGGGAGCAUAAAAAUCUCUUGUGACGACUCAAGACUCAAGAGGCUCUUCUCCCAGAGGAAGGGUCCUGCAAACGACAGAGAGAGGACAGGAGGACAAUCCGGCAAACGUCAUCUCGCCUCACAACACAUGUCGAAGAUCUGCCGAAUGCCGGUGGCAACAAACACAAAGCUUGAGCAAGGACAUAUCAUCAUCAUCAUCAUCAGAUCUGUUGCUCACUCAACCUAAUCUCCAUAAGUUCUUUUUCUUUUUGCAAAAGUGCGAUGCGCCGAUGGCCUUGAUAUAUCAUCAUCGUCAAACUGACCAGCCCCAGAGUCACUCUUCUGUUCAUCUCCUUAUUGCUUCUGGAUGCGAAUUUGGGUCCGUAUUUCAACACUUCAGGGGUGUACUAACUGAGCUAGGCCCUUUGGUAAUCUCCAUAAGUUCUGGCCGUCCGAUCAAAUCCGAUUGGUUCCUUUCCUCUCUCGAUCUCUCUCUUUGCUUAGAAUUUAUUUUGCGCCGACGUAUCAUUAUCAGAUUCCUUAAUCGCUUUCCGGCCAAUAACGGCAGCAUGCCAUUGUCUGCCGAAUAAGCUUAGAAUCCGAUAACGGCAGCAUGCCAUUGUCUGCCGUAAUGCUCCCUUCUUGGAAACUGAACCCCAUUUUUGGGUGAACUUAACUUUACUUCAAUGUUCAAUCUAUCAUGAAGACAAUUAGUGUAUUUACUAUUUACCACGGUAAUGAAGAUAAGGUCAAUACCAUGUAUAGGAAAUACACAAAAGGUUAUUUGACGUUAUAUUUCCAUUCACAUCAAUCACUGGUUCUCAGUUAGAGUUUGGUUGAAAUCGUCAUGUGGCUUUGGUUUUGAACUUUUGAAUCUUUUGAUGCCAUGCUUGCUGCAUGGCCCUGACAGCGAGGGGUUCAGUCGCAAGACUCGCAAGUCGUGCACGAGGUGUUUUACCAACGUCGACGUCAUCCUUCUUUUUUGAAUCUUCUCCAUGGUGAGAGCAAGAGAGAGCGUGAAGAUUGCAGGGUAGAAGACGGCCUUCUUUUUCAACGUUCUUUUACGUUUUUGCAGAGAAGGACACUACGUAAUCUUCUGUGGUGUUACUCAGGCGCGCGCGCGCGAGAGAGAGAGAGAGAGAGAGAGAGAGAGAGAGAGAGAGAGAGAGAGAGAGAGAGAGAGAGAGAGAGAGUCGAGAACGAUGGCGGGUGGUGGAGCUCCUGGAACACAGAUGUAUGGAGAUCUCUGUUGGGAGGUGGAGGUGGAACUCCUGGGACACUGCGUGGAUGUUGUAGUGAAGAAAAGAUGAGUACAAGAAGUGAUGUGUGUGAAGGGAAUGAGGCCAAAAAGAAACAAAGAGUGGGAAGUGAG